UCUGGCCACAGCUUUAAGAACCCGCCCGCCUGCGCAUUUGCUGGAAGUGACUGGCUGCUGCAUCCAGCCAAGCUGUCUCUGUGGUUGUGACUUGCCAUCACCCAAAGAGACCAAGAUGUCCACUGACCUGUUGACACUGAACGGGAAAAAGGUCCCCACAGAAGCCUCAGACAAGCAUGUCAUCAACAUCAACAUCAACCAGGAGUCUUCGCUCUCCUACCUGUUCAAGGCUGUGGGGCAGCACUGGGGAAGAGAGGGGGCAGCCACUCAAAAGACCCUCCAGCCUUCUGCCUCUGCCCCCAACACCUCCGAUCCAUUCCGGCUCCAUUGCAAUGGGGAGCAGAAAGUUCUGGGGGGGGCCCAGAUCCUGCUUGGAAUCGUGUGCAUCAGCCUUGGGGUGGUGAUCGACAACGAACAUUUCUUCAGUGCAUAUAUACAGGCAGGAGCCCCUUACUGGAUGGGAGGCCUGUUUGUCCUAUCUGGGAUCUUGUCCGUAGUGAGUGAGAGACGUGGCAGCUACUGGGUGCAGGUGGCCACAUUCUUCAAUCUCGCCAGUGUCGUAGCCGGGAUUGUGGCUCUGACCAAAGGCAUUGCACAUAUACCGGACCUAAAUGGAACAUUCAGCUGGAGGAAGGACAUGUGCGAGAGAAGGCAUGAAUAUCCACCCUAUGUCACAACCAGGGACUAUGAACCUGACUGGAGAGAGUCGACCUGCAAGGAGACUUUAUGGAAUCUCAUGGGAGUCGCCUUUGCCGUUCGCAUCUUGCUGCUCAUUUUCUCAGCCGUUGCUCUCGCAAUCGCCUUCUUCUGCUUUGGCUAUGGCCUCCGCGUCAUGUGCCGCACCCUGAAGGCAAGAAGUCAGGCCUAUGUUUCUGUUGGGGACCUGGAGGUGCCCCCUCCUUAUCAGGAUCAGGUCUCUCCUGAGAUCAUAGCCUGAGCAGGGUGACGCUGGCCCUCGAGAAUGAAGGAACCAGCACCUGCCUGGGAUGCAUCCUGACGUGCCAAUUUUUUUCUGAAGGAAUGUCACACUAUGAUCAACUUCUGCUUCGCUUGAUUGAGCCCAAAUUUGGCCCCAGCACUUAUCUGGAACCUCCCUUGGAAAUAAUUGCUCUUGCUGAAAAUGUACCUAUUAAAGUGGCUGCUCUGGA